AUGUCAGAACCACUAACACCAUUGCACCCCAGUGCCGAUGAACAACUGGACUUAAAUGACAUAAAAGAACUAGACGAUGAUGACAUUAAUGACCUCGAUUUGAAUCCCGAUUUGGAUGCAGAUAUUGUUCUCAGCAUGGAAGAUGCUAACAAGACAAGACAGGGAUCCAUCACCAAGAGACCUAUUAACAUUACCGAAGAUGAUGAAAUAUUUGACGAUAUGGAUGAUUUUAUGCCCAAGAUUAACGUAGGGUCCCCCUUUUCCUCAAACGUGGCAUUAAAUAAGAUGCAUGCAGCUUCCACUUCUUCGCCCAUGAUGAAGAUGACUCCAAGAAGACUUUCCAUGUCACAACAAUCAAAAUUUAUAACUUAUUGUGAUAACCAGUUGAUGCAAGUGCAAAGAAGAUUUGUACAAUCACAAGGUUUGAAUAAUCAGAAUGGGUAUCCGGAUUUGGUUUCAUUAUUGAAGGAUCUGAAAACUUUGGUCGAUUUCAUAUGGUAUUCUAUAGAUAAUUCAAACCCACAUACGGACUAUUUGUUAAAGAUGGAUACUCCUGAAGAAUCCACUUAUAAACCCUCAGUGGAACUAAUAUCUACAUAUUUCGGUCAAACUUCCUAUCUGAUUAGAAUAGCGGAUGACUUACUGGAUUAUAUUGAAAAAUUUAAAAUUAAAGAUCUAGAAACCAAGGAGCAAAAUAAUACUGUAACGAAAAUAUUCAAGUUUCUCUUCAUCUUGGAUAAAAUUUUUAUAAGAUUAUUGACUGGGACGAUACCUGGAGGUCAUAGAAUGAAUGGGACAGAUGCAGUUAGGUUAUGUGGAAUAGCGGAAAGAACAAGAAUGAGAUUCCCCAUAUAUUUAGAAUCUCAGAAUGUGCAUGGUUACCAUUAUGAAGUUAGUAAAAUAUACGAAGAGACGUUAGAUAAGUGCGGAAAUUGA